AUGUGUUCCAUUCAUGAGUUUAAUCAGUCCUGCAACAAUUCAAUUAUCAAGCUAGGCAAAUGCAGUACAUUUAACUACAUCUCAAUAGCAUACUACACAACAAACUUCUAUUUUUUCAUCAACAAAACACCAAAUGUGGGAAGAAGCACUGCAGUGGCAGUGGCCUUGUUAGUGUUUUGCUUGGUAGCUCUUCAAUACGAAGUAGUUCAAGCUGCAACAUACUCUGUUGGAUGCAUCAAUGGUUGGUCGUCUUACUCUGGUGGAUGGCCAACUCAUUAUGUGCUUGGUAAAUGCUACAACUUAAUUAUUUGCUCUAUGAAAAUUGUAGUAACAGUGUAUAUACUAGUUACUGAAACAACAUGGUUGAUGCAAAACAUAACACUUGCUACUUUUACGCAUAAGAUGUCAUAUUUGUUAAUUUCAAAUGAUGGAGCAGUAUUUGUUUUCCUUUAUUUUCUACAUACAAAUCACUACCUAGCUGUUUCAAAUUACAAUCCUUCGACUCACAAUGUGGCUGCUGUAAACCAUGGAGGGUAUAACAGUUGCAUAACACCGCAGGGAGCCAAAGUGUACCAGAGUGGAAAUGACAGUAUCAGACUUGUCAGAGGACAGAACUUUUUCAUUUGCAGCAUUUCUUUUCAUUGUCAAGUCGAAUGAAGAUGGCUAUUUUUGCAAUAUGAUCCAUAUGUAUUUAUAUAUCAUAUAUGAUAUAAAUCACAUUUGUCAAAUGGCCUUAUAACUAUAUGUAUUUUGCUUCUUUUUUUUUA